GUCAGUCACUGAAAAUGUUAACAAGAGUUUGCCAAUUUCCUGUGAGCAAAAGAACAUCAAUGUUUAUUGCACACACAUAAAAAAAAUGAUCUUACACCAUACAAGGAGUAUUUGAAACAGUUUUAUUACAAACAUCAGAAAGAAAGAUUCAAUCCCCUUAACCCCUCAACAACAUUCCAGUCUCUCAAAAACCAGUGAAGGAUUACCCUUGUCUUGACACUACAGCUCCUUGUUCAGUUGGGAUGGCUGUAUUUGGUUUAAUAUUGACAGAUUUCUGCAUUCAUUGGAUGCCAUUUCUUCACUUAAUGUCUCUUUUGGAGCCUGAGCUCACUUCCUUAACACAUGGUCAUCAAACCAGUAUAUUAACACAUGGUCAUCAAACCAAUAUAUUAACAGCCCUGGGCAGCAUCUUUUCUUUCUGACAUCUCUAUAGCUUUCUGCUUCUGAAGUUUCUUGCAAUGUUUUCCCCCUCUUCAUAACACUGUUCCUUCAUGACAAUGUGAAUAUAGAUAUCUCUAAAAUCAAUUUCUGUGAGGCAUCUUAUUAUCCUUUCAGAUGAACAGCAGCAUCCUUGGCUCUAUCUUUGAGUAUGAGUGCAGAGCCCUGGUCCUUGAGUGGUGGAUCCUAUUCAAUGCAUCUAUGGUUGUUCUUCACCCUGAGCUUGCUGUUGUUCAUUCUGCUGCUGAUCUCCUGUGGAGGCUGCAUGAGGAAGUCAGCUCAAUUUUCGGCACAGAAUAACGACACAGAGACUAAAGAUGACACUCAUCUCAUAAGCAUUAGCCAGUUCGAUGAUUCCGUAUUUCCAAACAGCAUCUCCCCAGCAACAAUCCAAGAAGGUCACCCCGGGUCACGUAAAGUAAGCUGGCAAAAUGAUGUGGAAAUGCCUGGCAUGCAAGAUAAUAAAGAAUCUCCGUGUCAACACAGCAGAGCAUUGCCUGAGAUUCCCGCUGCUUUGGACGAUAAGGGGAAUCCUGAUGGGAAAGGUGACCCUGUCUACCAGACAGCGAGGGAGCUAACCGCUGCAGAGUGCCAGGAGAUUUCAGAAGACCCCAUCGAACCGUCGUAUGCGGCUAGUGACCAGUUCAGCCUCGAAGCACAGAGGUCAGAGUUCAUCAUCGAGGAUGAUGUUGCCAAGGAGGAGGGGAACUUCCAGCAGGAGAAAGUGGCCCCUGUGUAUGCACGAGUCAGCAAAAAGACAAAGACCGCACCAUUGCUGUGUCUUCCCAGUCUUUCGGCAGCCCAUGGGAAUGUGGAACGUGAUGAGGAACCGCCACCACUACCCGAGAAACGAUUCGACCUUGAUGAUGAUUUUGUGAUCGGUGAAGAAUCCGAGCAGAUACUGGUGGAGGAAACGCCUCAAGAAGAUCCCAGGGCAGCUCUGCUUCCUGCUGAGUCGUGUGUCACUGAUGGAGAUGGUAUUGUGGCCACAAGGAAUGGUCUAACUAUGGGCUAGCAGCACUUGUAUCUCUGAGACACUGCUCUGCUUCUAACUGGACAUGAUCAGGAUUGGAUGGGAUUCACCUAAACAAGCUACACUCGAGUGAAUAAGCCUAACAGGGAAACCAUCAAAAAGAGAAACUGCUGGAGAAACUCACCAGGUCUGGCAGCAUCUGUGGAGAGAGAGAAAAACAGAAUUAACAUUUUGAGUCCAGUCAUUCUUCUUCACAACAAUUAGGAUCGGAGGGGACUUAUGCCUCCUGCUCCCUAUAUGUCGCACAGCGAACACAGCGUGGAACUGCAGAGACCCUUUUGUUGCUGGGACUCUAGGUGGGAAAAGUACUGAAGGAGUGAAAUUACAAUAUCAUUUGAACAGGAGGGAUGGAGCUCUUAUAACAUUUUAGUGCGGGUAUGGGAAGCGAGAUGUCACUAUUUUAAUAACAGAAUUUUCUGUCUCGUUUUCUCUAUGAGAUUAUAGAUUUCUCAAAUAUUAUUAAACUCAGAGUGCCCAUCUAUUGAUUCAAUGUCUU